AUGGAAGACUCACCGCAGCGCGGAGACUCGUACUUUGAUCGCGACCCCGGAGAAUCCCCGACUUAUCUGUAUGAACGACCUCGGUCGUCCUCGUCUGCUUCGUCUCGACCUGGGUAUUCGCGCUCGAGCUCGUUUGGCAGCUUGAUGCCCAUGAUGGAUCGGUAUGGGGAGGAGUGGGGAAGCGGGGCUUCUACAUUGCUCGACGUCGUCGAGACCUUCUUCGACUCCCGACUCGACCUCGUGGGCCGUCGCCUCAAAGAGCAAUCCGCCCGCCUAAAGACCCGGACCCUCGAGCUCAUCCCGAAGGGUCUCCGUACGCCCGGCGGUGGCGGUGCUAUUAUACUCGAUGACCUCGGCCCGCGUCUGGAUCGCGAUGGAGGAGUCGGGCCUGACGGUCUCGAAACGAGGGAGAGCAGGGAGAGGAGGGGUGAAAAGUAUAGGAAGGAGGUGGAGAGGGAGGUUGAGCGGAUCAAGCUAGCUGCGAAGGUCACGCACCUUUCGGGCACUUGGAGGUCGGCUCAGAUCGUCCGCACAAGGGAAAAGUUCUCCUUCUUCUUCGGUGUCUUGUCCCUCACCUUCUCCUGUAUCCUCUUUGGGUCUGCUAAAGAAUGGCUUCCGUUCGCCUACACCGUCCAGUCCGCCUUCUACCUACCUACCAGGAUAUGGUCGUACAAGCGGAAAUCAUUCCACUACUUCCUGUUUGACUUGUGCUACUUCGUCAACGUGCUUGACCUGGUCUGGAUCUGGCUGUUCCCGAGCUCGACUAAACUCUUCAUUUGCUGUUACCUCCUGACAAUGGGUCCUCUAGCUUCUGCGAUCAUUACAUGGCGCAACUCGCUCGUCUUCCACUCGAUGGACAAGGUCACCAGUCUCUUCAUCCACAUGUACCCUCCACUGGUACUGACUGUCAUCCGUCAUUCCUAUGUCGACGCAGAAACCCGGUAUCCCGGUCUUGCGCACAUCGGCGACUAUAGCUGGUGGAAGCAGAUCCUGCUUGCUGGAGUGCCAUACAUACUCUGGCAAGCUGCAUACUAUAAGUUCAUCUCGAUUGACCGGAAGUCCAAGAUCGAGUCAGGGCAGCGACAGAAUAGCUUCCACUACUUGCUCAACGAUAAGCGUGGACCGAUCGGAAAGGCGCUCAAAGGCAUCAAGCCUUCCAAGCGAGAAGAAUGGUUCAUCUUUGCUCAGCUCAUCUACUCUAUCGUCUUCAUGAUCCCCGCCGCGGCUUUGUACGUCCACUCGGCCACUGCCAGCGCAAUCUACCUAUCCGUAAUUUUUGCCGCAUCGGUAUGGAACGGAGCGACAUUCUACGUUGAGGUGUUUGGCCGCAAAUUUGAGCGGGAACUCGAGAAGCUCCGAAAAGAAAUGGAGCUCGCCUCAGCCACCGGAGCCCCCUCAUCCACGCACUCCUCCUCCAACCCUUCCACACCUUUCGCGGACGGCAGAAAUGGCGGAGGGGGAUAUCACACGGACGGAGGCGACGAGCUCGCCAAUAGUCCGUUGGCGCUGCCGAGCGCGGGACAUGCGCAGGAUAUGGAGGUGCCGGACUUGACGCUCGAGAGGGCGGUGGAUGAGGUCGAUAGCGAGGGGAAGAAGUUCCAGUAG